AUGAAGAACGGGAAGCAAUCUUCGCAACCCGAGAAGGGUUCUUCAAGGAUCUUGUCCUUAUCAGUUCUGUUUAUCGCAUUGUGUGGCUUCUCCUUCUAUCUCGGUGGUAUAUUUUGCUCUGAGAGAAACAAGAUCGAAGCCAAAGAUGUCACAGUUACCACUACAAAGGCAAUAGCUUCCCCAAAGGCACCCACAGUCUCUCCUAUUCAGAUCAAAUCAGUUUCUUUCCCUGAAUGUGGUUCAGGGUUCCAAGAUUACACUCCCUGCACCGAUCCAAAGAGGUGGAAGAAGUAUGGAGUCCAUCGCCUAAGUUUCUUGGAGCGUCACUGUCCUCCGGUUUACGAAAAGACCGAGUGUUUGAUUCCACCGCCAGACGGUUACAAACCGCCUAUAAGAUGGCCAAAGAGCAAAGACCAGUGCUGGUACAAGAACGUGCCUUAUGACUGGAUCAACAAGGAGAAAUCAAACCAGCAUUGGCUCAAGAAAGAAGGUGACAAGUUCCAUUUCCCCGGCGGUGGUACCAUGUUCCCACGUGGAGUCAGUCACUACGUUGAUCAGAUGCAAGAUCUCAUCCCCGGAAUGAAAGACGGAACCGUCAGGACUGCCAUUGAUACUGGCUGUGGGGUAGCGAGCUGGGGAGGCGAUCUUUUGGACCGUGGGAUUCUGACACUCUCUCUUGCCCCAAGAGAUAACCAUGAAGCUCAGGUUCAGUUCGCUCUCGAACGUGGCAUUCCUGCGAUUCUCGGUGUUAUCUCCACUCAACGCCUCCCUUUCCCUUCCAACGCUUUUGAUAUGGCUCAUUGCUCAAGAUGCCUUAUUCCCUGGACAGAAUUCGGUGGGAUCUAUUUGCUUGAGAUUCACCGUAUAGUCCGGCCGGGAGGUUUCUGGGUGCUCUCGGGACCACCGGUGAACUAUAACAGACGGUGGAGAGGAUGGAACACAACCAUGGAAGAGCAGAAAUCAGACUACAACAAGCUUCAGUCGCUUCUAACCUCCAUGUGUUUCAAGAAGUACGCUCAAAAGGAAGACAUAGCCGUGUGGCAGAAGCUCUCAGACAAGUCUUGCUACGACAAGAUCGCAGAGAACAUGGAAGCUUACCCUCCGAAAUGCGACGACAGCAUAGAGCCUGACUCCGCUUGGUACACUCCACUCCGUCCCUGCGUGGUUGCUCCGACGCCCAAGGUCAAAAAGUCGGGUCUCGGGUCGAUCCCGAAAUGGCCCGAGAGGCUUAACGUUGCGCCAGCGAGGAUCACUGACGUCCACGGAGGGAGCGCGAACGGUUUGAAACACGAUGAUGGGAAGUGGAAGAACAGAGUGAAGCAUUACAAGAAAGUUUUGACAGCUCUUGGGACGGAUAAGAUUAGGAAUGUUAUGGAUAUGAACACUGUUUACGGAGGCUUCGCUGCUGCUCUCGUCAAGGACCCUGUUUGGGUUAUGAAUGUUGUUUCUUCCUACGGCGCGAACUCUCUUCCUGUUGUCUUUGAUCGCGGUCUCGUCGGAGUUUACCAUGACUGGUGUGAAGCUUUCUCGACGUAUCCAAGAACAUACGAUCUUCUUCACCUGGACAGUCUUUUUACCUUGGAGAGCCAAAGGUGUGAGAUGAAGUAUGUGUUGCUGGAGAUGGAUCGGAUCUUGAGACCCGGUGGAUAUGUGAUAAUCCGAGAAUCGAGUUAUUUCAUGGACGCGAUCACAACGUUGGCGAAAGGGAUGAGGUGGAGUUGCCGGAGAGAGGAGACUGAGUAUGCCGUUGAAAGUGAGAAGAUUCUGGUUUGCCAGAAAAAGCUCUGGUUUUCGUCUAACCAAACUUCUUGA